UUAUACAGUGAGAAGGGAGGUAGCACAAACUUUUGAUUGUAAAGUGAAAUAGUAAAAGUUUGAGAAUAUGGAGCAUCAAACUCUUGGGAAGGAAUCUGUGGAGGAGAAGAUAGAGCUGUUGUCAAAUUAGAUUAAAAAAAUGCAAAUAAAAUAAGAACAAUUGAAGAGUCAACAUUAUUAACUGAGUAGAAAUGUUAAGAAGUUCAAUCUCGAAAAGAAACAUUAAGUGCAAGUAAGGAAUAAGAUUAAUAUUUAAUUUAGGAAAGGAGUUAGAAUAUAAAAAAAUUGGAUUGCAUGAUUGAUAUCCAGACAAAGCAGGAAGAUAAUUUAAAUUAAUUAAAGUAUCUAUUUGCCUCUCGAAAAAUAAUUUGA